GUUACAAUAAUUUCUUCAGGCAUGUAUCCGACAGAUUCCCUUCUAAGAUGGAGCUAAAAGUGCUAGAAUAAAAAUAGAUCUCUAUGCUGUAAUGGACUGCUCCAAGCAACAUGGCGACGGAUGGCAGUGAAACACCAUAACCAUGUUGAGGAGAGGUCUACAUAGAGUAUCCGGUCUCGCCUGGGGACUGCCCAGCCGACUGGUGUCAACUUCUGCAGGCAAGGAGGUUCGGCUGUGGUUCAGGCCUGCUCUCAUUGGUGGAGGAGUGGCUGCUGUUGCCGGCACAGUGCUAUGGAACUGGAGAAGGCAGUUGCGGGCGGUGGAAAGCGUGUCGGUGGCCCACGCUGAGGGGAAGGAGAUAGAUGUGGUGGACACAGAGGAGGAGGGGGAGGGCGAGGUCAAGAAGAAGAAGAAGAAAGGACCCGGCUUUCGGGACAGGAGGGUGAUUGAGUACGAGAACAGAAUCCGUGCUUACUCCACUCCAGACAAGAUUUUCCGCUACUUUGCCACGCUGAAAGUCUAUGAUGAAGACGGGCACCAUGAAAUCUACAUGACUCCAGAGGACUUUGUCCGUUCUAUCACCCCUGGUGACAAACAACCAGAAGGACUUGGGCUGGACCAGUUCAGACAUGUACACAUCAAGCAUCACCACACUGCUUCACACGCCGAGCUCUUGGCGCUUCACGAUCACCAUUCUCUCCAUAUGGGACAACAUGCUAAAGCAAUACGUGCAGAUGUGGAGACAAAGUUUGGAGAUGAUGGAAACAUCUUCAACAAACUGGGAGAAAAUGGUCUCAUCAACUUCACUGACUACAUCUUCCUACUUACUGUACUGGCAACCCCACGACGGAACUUUGAGAUAGCAUUCCGUAUGUACGACUUGGACGGAAAUGGACACCUGUCAUAUGACGAGUUUGAAAAGGUCCAGAGUGUUGUAUUCCACCAGACGUCAACAGGGAUGCGCCACCGUGACCGCAGUACCACGGGGAACGUGAAGGCAAAGGCUGGAGUUGGGAGUGCGUUGGCGAGAUACUUCUUUGGCGAGGAGAUGGACCAGACUUUGACAGUGGACAAGUUCUUGUCCUUCCAGUCACAGCUGCAACAUGAAAUUCUCAGGAUUGAGUUUGAGAGAUAUGACCCAGAUGACGGGAAGAUCUCAGUGCGAGACUUCUGUGAUGUCAUGCUGACAUAUGCGGGAUUGUCAGACAACAGGAAGAAGAAGAUGAUGGCCAGGGUCAAGAAGUACUUCAAGGAGAAGGAGGACGAGGAAGUGCCUGGAGUGACCUUCGAAGACUACAAGAACUUCUUUCAAGUGUUAAAGAACAUAAAUGAUGUUGACACGGCACUGACAUUUUACCAUGUGGCGGGGGCAUCCAUAGACCCAGCCACUCUGAAGCAUGUAGCUCUGACGGUGGCUGGAGUAGAGCUGAAUGACCAUGUUGUGGAGAUUGUCUUCAAGCUGUUUGAUGAAAACGAUGACGGUGAGCUGAGUAACAAGGAGUUUGUGUCCAUCAUGAAGCAGCGUAUGAUGCGGGGGCUGGAGAAACCAAAGGACACGGGAUUCACACGACUUCUCUCUGCUAUGAUGAAGUGUACAAAAGAAACAAAACUUAUCUAACCUGAUUUAGGAUUAUUGCUGCUUUAGGUGUUGUGUUUAAAAAAAGAAGAAGGAAAAAAACUAUUAGAAGAAUAUGUAUCUGUGCCAGACAAAUAGAAGACCUGGGGGCUUUGUACAAAUGCCAUGCUGCAUGAUAAUUAACAUUUAAGGCUCAUAAAUAUCACACUGUUGCGAUGUACCCGUGAAAUGUGUUCAUGCAUUAUCUAUGUAAAUUACCUUCUGUGCUAAAAUCUAGCACAUCUGUGACUGUAUCUGAACAGAAUGCCAUGCACCUUUUCUGCUGGUGUUUGGGAGGCUGUACGUGCAAGGGUACUUACUUGUCAAAGCUAUUUAAAGAAGCUAGGCAGGUUAUAAUUAUCACAUCUUUGUGAAUUUUAACCAAAGGUAAAAAAGUGAGAAAUCAUAGAUUGGUAAAAUAAGAUAUGGUAUUUCAAGUGAUACAAUUUUGACCUCUUAUUGUGAUUAUUGUCAGACUGUUUUUCCUUUCACUCAAUAGCAUUAUACAGAAGUAACAAUUUCUGAAAGCUGGGUAGAAUUACAUCUAUUAGAAUGUAUUCAACAUUAAAGUGGAUGUGUCUGUGUUGAAAAGUAUGUGUACUUAUCAAUAACUGUACAUACAGUGGUGGAUCAAGGACUUUGCUGUCAAAACUAUGCACUUAGGGGCAUGCAAGAAAACCAGCCAAACAUUGGUGCUAGAAUAGUCCGCUAGUUUGUCAGAGGCAUCUCUGACUUAUAGACUACUAUAAGUUAACUAACAGUUACACUCAAACUUUGAUAUUACUCUGUAGAAAAUAACUAGAAAAGAUUACCUUUGUCACUAAGUACAGAAACUUGGGACAGGCCUACCCAUGCACUUUUUAAAAUCAUCCUGGUAGCAAACGCAGGCGACAUUACUUUUAUGUGAAAGAUGUGUUGUUUUAUCUCUGAAUUGAAUUUGGAACUAGAUGUUGGGUUUUGAAACACUGAGUUUCUUGAUACAAACAACAAUAACAACAUUUCAUGUUGUGUUCAGGACUUUUCUUGAGUCUGCCUGUACUGGUGCACUAUGCGCAGGAAUCAUUGACGUCAAUGUAGGAUUUGUAAAACGGUGUAUUACUAGUACUAAGUAAGGUACAAAAUCUUAAGAUCUUACGUCAUGUAUGAUAUGUAGUUUUUGGUGGUCACAUGUUCAGUGUUUUUGCAAACUUUUUUGUUGUUCUUCUUUCUCUAAGCACCAACCAUCUGUCUGUUGUUUUAUGGAGAUCGAUUCCAGGUUGAUUACAUUGAAACUUGUA